AUGAGCACCGAGUCAUUGAAUGAGUUGAAUUGUUCAGGAAUUCCCCAACACCGGUUAGUUCUUAAAAUUGGUGUUCCUGUGAUGCUUCUUCGCAAUAUUGACCAAUCCAAUGGACUAUACAAUGGAUUGAACAUGUCACCUAAUAAUGAUACAUUACCGAUUAGGUUUACUCGACGACAGUUUCCGGUUGCGCUUUGCUUUGCGAUAACCAUAAACAAGUCCCAAGGUCAAAUGCUGUCAACCGUUGGCAUGUAUCUUCCAAGGCCUAUUUUUACUCAUGGACAUCUUUAUGUUGUGCUCUCUCGGGUCAGCAUGCAUUCUAGAAUGAAGAUAUUAUCUGUUGGUUCUAACGGCACAGUUUCAGAUCAUACUAUUAAUGUUGUCUAUAGAGAAGUUUUUACCGGCUUGCUUUCUAACAUUCUGCCUUGA